UCGGGAUCCUGGCUCCCGAGAUGUCGACAAUGUCAAUCCCAAUGCGGUCGUCCCCUCACUCGUCCCGUGGUGACUGCGCGUUCGUCCUGCGGCGUCGCAGAUACUUCUGCCAGUUGACGCCCAGUGAAAGCCGUGAAGAGAUGCGACGUCCGGAAGGGGUUGGACCAGAGUUGUGAGGCUUCCACGCGUUCUAGUUGGUGCCCGCCCGCAGCCUGCUCUGGAUCCACUCUGGCGGAGAGCCCAAAACAUCAGCCCUGCGGCCGCUCCGGCGAGCUGUGAUGGUGUUACCUACGCGUGAGCAAGCCACCCUCCACCUGCGGCUGCCUCGCGUACCUUCCGUCCUAUUGCGCGCCUUUGCUCGAGCCACCACUUCACUAGACUCGCGACGCUAGUCUCGCCUUUAUUCCUGGAUGUGCGAAUUUCGCACGGUUAUGAGCGUUGGAGAAGAGCAUUAGCGAGCCACGUACCUGUAUAGCAACGCCAGCCAACCUACCUGCUGAUCAUCCGACCUGGGCCCAAUGUGCACACGCCAUACCCUCUGCAGCUCCCGGCCGUCUGGACACGCCUGACAUCUAUAUGUAACCUCUUCCUACCCGUCCUGCUGGCACACAGCCUUUCGAUCUCCACCACACGACUCCGACACACGAUUGAGUCGUCAUCAGCUUGCACCACUGCCACCGCACAACCCACGACCAAGACAUCACGAGUCAAGAACCACCACGUCGCCUCCCCACAAUCUUACGCAAAACUGGAGCACAUCCUCAAUGGAUCAUCUCUGUCCGAGGUCUUCAUUCCCACUAGCACCAUGCCUGUCGUGCCUUUCUCAGACAGUGCCUUCGGCUCCACCAACUCCUCCGCCAAUGCGAGCGCCGUCCAACAAGACCACGCACACCCGCUUCGAUCACACCGUUCCGCAGCGGACCUCCUGGCCGAACGGCUUCAAAGCUCUCACAUCGCGCCGCAGCAGCAGCCGGACAGCGUCAAGCCGGCAACGCAACUCCUCGGCCGAGCCCGUCGUUCGGGAUCAGGCUCCCCUUCACACCACAGAAGAUCACUUGCGCGAACUUCCAUCGACACCUCGCAAUUCCAAGUCCAGACAACUUCUCCCAGCUCGCUUUCAAGGGGAUUUCCGACGAGAUUCCGCGACGAUCCCGCUCAAUCAUCUGCCUCAACACCGUCAUCACUGAAUGACAAUCUCUUAUCACCGACAUCAACCACAAGGGACUACCCAAUCAUUCCCACACGACCCCCACUCAGACCGACUGUCAGUUUCGGCGCCAUUUCACAUCAUUCCUACGACUCUUCAAGCCCAAUCACAGCAACGAAAUCUCUACAAGAAUCUGCCAUGUUCUACGAGAAGCGAGCUAGCAUCGAAGCUCGCGAAAUCAAGAAACCUGCCCUGAGCCGCAAGAUGCAUCACUGCCUCUCUUGCUGCUUCGGCCAAACAGACCCUCCAAGUCCUUGACAUCCUACCUCGACCACUCACUACUCAUUUCCUUUUGACUACAACUCUGGCGUUCAGCGACAUCAACAUCAUUUAUUUGACAAAAAUCAAUCGAUUCAGCGACGGUGUUUGGGAGUAGCAAGCGACUGCCGCAAGGCAAAUCCUGCAAAAUUGCACAUAAGAUUCGCUCUGCUACGUGGACAGUUUGGGAAGGCAUUAAUCUGGACAAUCAAACAUGUUUCGGUGUCUGUGUGUAAGAAUAACGAGAGUAACAAGAUAUCCCCGGCGGGCUUUAUUAUUAGAUGAUGCGAUGUCGGUGGGCAUUGAACAAUAUGUGGCGAUGUAAGAUAGAUAAGUUGUUGAUGCAUUCAUGGAUGAAUGCUGAAUGGGGCUGGUUACCCGAAU